AUGGAUAAUGAUGUAGAUAUGGCUGAAUCGUAUAAGCCAAGAUGGGAAAAUAUGGCCGAAUCACCGAUAAUUGAGCAAGUACCAUCUAAGUAUAAGCUCAAACUAAAAUAUGGAGGCUAUUUUAGGCCAGCCAAGAACUCAUGUAGGAAAAUAUAUUGUUUUGGCUCUCAAAAAUGUAUCCGUAUUGACACAUGCUCAUACAACUUGAAUCAACUACAAGAUGAAAUUAGCAGACUUUAUAUAUCCAAGAGCAACCCCGUCUUCUCAACUGUUUUUGUUGACAAGAAUGCCACGCGACAAUCUUUUAUUGAUCUUGAUUCCGAUGACAACUUCAUGGUUAUGCUUAGCAUGUACGAGAAAGAGAAAGAAGUAACCAUUUAUGUGACAACAGAUAACAGCAGUAGGACAAUUGAAUUACAAAAGAGUGCUCAGGAUAAAGUUGUUGAAACAGAUGAUGAGGAUGAAUCAGAUUAUUGUCCAAGCGAAGAGAGUUAUCACAGCCAUCUUAGUUCUGACGGUGAAGGUGCGAUGUUGAAUUAUGAAGGCGAAACGAACUCAUUUAACCAGAAAUGUCCAACGAUUAAAGUGAACUCUAAGUUUACAAACGCAGUUGCUUUCAAAAGAGCUUUGAACCAUCAUGCAAUCACAAAUGAGUACGAUUACUUUAUAGUGAAAAGUGAUCCAACACGCUUCAUUGCAAGAUGUAGAAACAUGGAGUGCGACUGGAGAAUACAUGCUUCUACCAUGCAAGAUGAAAUUACUUUUGAAGUGAAAACAAUGGUAGAAGCUCAUUCUUGUACUCGAAGCAACAAAGGCGGUAAUAACCGUGCCACACAAGGAUGGGUUGCUGGUAUAGUUUCAGACAAGUUAAAAUCAGAUGGGGAUGUCACUCCUGCAGAACUUAGGAAAUGGAUUUUGAAAAUUUACAAUGUGGAUGUACCAUAUUUGAAAGUCUUUAGAGGGAAGGAACAAGCUUACACUGAUAUAUAUGGUAAGUGGGAAGAUUCAUUCAUUAAGAUGGAUGAUUUCAAAGCGGAACUACUAAAUAAGAACCCGGGAAGUGUUGUUGAGAUUGACUUUGAGAAAAAAGGUGACAAGAAACACUUCAAGAGGUUUUUUAUAUCAUUAGCAGCUUGCUCUAAAGGGUUUCUAGCUGGUUGUCGUCCUUAUAUUGGUCUUGAUGCAUGUCAUCUUAAAAGGAAGUAUAAUGGGGUACUAGCAGCUGCCACGGGAAUUGAUGGUAAUAAUUCAAUAUUCCCAGUUGCCGAUAGUGUGCUUGAAUCAGAGAAUACUGCAUCGUGGACAUGGUUCCUUGAGUCGCUAAAAAGAGCAAUUGGGACACCAGACGGUCUUGUCAUCUCAUCUGACAUGCAAAAAGGGUUAGAAGUAGCUAUUAUGCAUGUUUAUCCUAAUGUUGAGCAUAGAGAAUGCAUAAGGCACUUGUAUAGCAACUUUAAGAAACAUUUUCGUGGUGACUUCUUCUACUCUAACCUAUGGGGUGCUGCAUUAACAUACCAUGCCAAUGAGCAUGAUAGAUUUAUGAAACAAAUUGCUGGUUUGCGUGAAAAUGCCAUUACAUAUCUUACUCAGAACCAUAAUAAGAUAUGGAGUCAAAGCAAGUUUGGCACAAUAUCCAAGUGUGAUUAUAUUACCAACAAUAUCUCUGAGGCAUUUAAUUCUUGGAUAGGAAAACUGCGUUAUAAGCCGGUGUUGGAUCUCCUUGAUUCCAUUAGGGAAAAAAUGAUAAAACGAUUUGAUAAGAAAAGAAGGAUUGUAAAAAAAUGGAAUGGCACUUUAGUUCCUAAGGCAAAAAGUUAUCUCAAUCAGAUCUCCAAGAACUUGGGUGAAUACAAAGUUUCAAGAACCAGUGAUACUCAAGCCGAAGUAACAUAUAAAACAAAACGUUAUGAGGUUAAUCUUCUUGAGAGAAAAUGCAGUUGUCGGGUGUGGCAAGUUAAAGGUCUCCCUUGUGUACAUGCAGCAGCUUUGAUUGCUUUCACAAGAGAUAGUGAUUGGGACAAAUAUGUUGAUCCAUAUUUCUCCAUUGAGAAAUUUAAGGAAGCAUAUGCUUUAGAUUUUGGUACAAUAUCUGGGAAAGAUCAAUGGGUACAUAUAGAUACAGAGGAGAAGAUAUACCCGCCUAUUAUUAAACGCCCUCCCGGAAGACCGAAAAAAAACAGAAUUGUAUCACGAAACGAACCCAAAAGGAGAAGUCAUAAGUGUCCGCGAUGUGGUCAGUUUGGACACCGUGAAAAGACAUGCAAUAACGCAUCAUCUCAAAGUUCUGAUCAAUAUGAAACAUCUAAAGCACAUAAUAAUAAAAGGAGACGAGGAAAGAAGAGGAAAGCUCAUGAAAAUGGUGCAGAUUAA